AGCCAUUCCUUCUCCUUUAAUCAUAGUCUAAUCCUGAACUUGCACAGAUAUUUGUUUGUUCUUGGAGGACAUGCUCUUAAUUUAUGGGGAUAAAUCUGCAGUUCUUCUUGGCCUCUUACCAUCAGUAGAGCAGGGAGUAGGACCUGGGAAAGCCACAUGCACCUGAGUCUCUGCUAUACAGUAUAUACAUAUAUCAGUGCUAAAAAAUCCAAGAUGGUGAGAUGGUGAGUUCCUGUGCACAAUUUUGACUUUUACAGAGAUGCUGAACCUUUAGGCUAGAGCUUUAAGUUUAGUAUAUAAAAUACUGAAUUUCUUGCCAUAUUUGUUUUUACGUUAAAUACUAUAUGAAAUUUCAAUAUGUGUUGCUCUUUUACUUCAGGGUCACUAAAGGUCAAUAGCAUACUGAAUACCACUGUCUACAUCACACAAUAGGAGAACCUCAAAACCAAGUUUUUUCUGAAGCUUGCAAGUCACUACUGGAAAGAGAAGAGGUACUUGGGGCACUUGUAGGAUUUCAGAUGGAAGGGACACCAAGUCAAGCGAAUGUGCCUGUGCAGACCCUACAGUUUAUCAAAGCAGAGCUCUUGCGAACACAGAAGUCUAUUACAGAACUCCAGAGUGAAAGACGUUUAUUAAGAAAGCAACUGGGCAAAUGGACUGGUGCUGUCCAAGUUCUUCAAGAGUCUCAAGAAGAUGUUCAUUGCAGAUUAGUGGCUAAAAUUGAAGCACUUACUAAGAGCAGUGAGUGUUUGAGAACAGAGCUGCACCAACUAAGGCAAAAUGUACAGCAACAGCACUUCCCGUUUAAUGGUGGUCAGCGGGUCGAGGAUCAGUUUGUCAAUAAAGGAGUACCUGUUAAACCAGUUUUCUUGGGAGAUGGUCAGUUGGGGAAGAUAAUACAUCAGCCCUUUAAGUUAAAAGAGGAAUUCAUUAAAAUGCCACCUGUCUGUGAUUCCAUUAUUUUGGAUGAAAGAAACGUAUUGCAAGAGAGUAAUUUAAUUAAGGGGUUUCCAAGUUUCCAAUGUUCACAAUUUGUGAGUGAAAAAGAUUCUUUGAGGACACAAAAUGGAGAAACACUGGCACAUAUGAGACACUUAUGUGAGUCCAUAAAAGCUGUUUCAAGACAUAAAACACAAGUGGGAAAUGGAAAUCAUAUUUUCAAAAAUGAGAGCUUAAUACCAGUGAAAGGCAAUGUUGCACCAAGAGAAGAUGUAGACAAUUCUCCUUUAAUAAACCAUAUUAAAAUGUCCCCUAUGAUGAAAGAAGAAGAUGAACUUCAGGCUUUGGUUGAUAAACUAAAGGAUGCAUUAUCUCUCCAUAUUAACCCAGGACAUCUUCCUGGGCCAAAAGAAGAGCUGUUACACACAGCAGGGCAGGUGUGUAAUUCAUAUUCUAUACUCCUUAAGAAAGUGAUUGAAGCAACCUCAGAAUAAGGAUGUUGACAAAAAAAAACACACACCCAGAUCAUAUGAAAUGAUGUCAUAGAGGGAAAAAGUGACCUAUUGUUGUAACACACAGUUUUUGCCUAUCUGACACAUGGCAGACUAUCUGGGAUGGUUAAUGUGUAAUAAAAUCAAGAACUAAGCAGCCAAUUAGAGGCCCUCGGUGAAAGAUAAUGUUUAUAUAAAUAAUUCAAAAUCAAUAUUUUCUUUAUGUAAUUGUAUUGCAGUUUUAUUUUUAUCCUAAAACUAAUACUAAGUGCCUCCGUUUUUACGGUAACAGGAGGGGGAAUAUAUGUAUACAAGCCUCAGUACAAUCCCCAGGCUAUCUUUCAAAGCUAAAUGCAAAUGAAGUGAUAACAAGCUCACCCCGUAAAUUAUGUGGUCCGGGUGUGUAAACCCCGGACCCUCCACCUCCAACACACGAUUUUUAAAACAGUCCUGGCAAAGUUAUUGGGAAAUGCGCUCAC